AUGGGUGUCACAUGGUGCAAGAUUCAAUGCACGGACUUUCGGGGUACAGUUUACGAAAGAAGUGUCGAAUCAUCAAUCAUCUCCCCGACGGCGUCUGCGAAAUCCAAUGUCGAAAUCCCUUAUGAACGUGGCUCUGGAGACGCUUCCUCGUCGACGGCAUUUGAAGAACUGACCCAGACCCCUGAGGAUGUCAACCAUGGUUUCGAGGAUAUUUCCUCACUGGUUUAUAUGCCUGCAGGCCGAAAUGUUCUUGACUUGAUUAACUGGGCGAAAAAUACGAUUUUACUCAACGAAGUCUCCACCAAUAUGCUCAAAUGCAUGUGUUUCAUGAUCUACAUUGCUAAGUUCCUAAUGAGCUGCAGUCCCUUCAGCGCCUAUACCAAAGACGACAGAGAGAAGAUACUCGAUGCCACCAUAGAUGCUAUUAUUGUGGACUCCAUUGGUCAGCAUGAGGGCCAAGAUAACAAAUCUCCUAAAUUUAUUGAUAUUUUCCGUGAGGUUUGUCGACAACAUCCGGAUGAUGAGUAUCUGACUGCACUGGUGAAUUGUGUCGUCAAGCAACUACGGGAGGUGACUUACGCAGAAGAGGAAGAGACUAAUGCGGCACUGGCUGAUUGGAAGCUGUAUCUGACAGCCAGCUAA